AUGGCGCUCAAUGCUUUCUCGCCCGCAAGCUUCAGCUCUUCCUACCUCUGGCCUUCCUUUUUCUUCCUCAUCCUCCUGCCGCUCGUCUUGACUGUCCUGCAUGACAUCGCGCUCUGGCGUCGCAUGCCCCCCGGCCCGCCGCCUCUGCCCUUCAUCGGCAACAAGCACCAGCUCCCCAAGUCGCAGCCAUGGCUCCAAUUCACCGAGUGGGCCAAGGUGUACGGCCCCAUCUUCACCCUCUGGAUCGGGAGGCGGCCCACGGUCGUCAUCUCGGACCCGCGGCUUGCAGCUGAACUGCUGGAGAAGCGAAGCAACAAGUACUCGUCGCGCCCGCGCAUGGUCGCCAUGGGCGAGCUCCUCUGGGACAACGCCAGCAUCCUCGUGCAGCCGUACGGCAAGGCGUGGUCGGCGCGGCGCAAGCUGCUCCACCAGGCGCUGACGCCCAAGGCGCUGCAGCUCUACAAGCCGGUCCAGGAGGCCGAGGCGGCCCGGCUGUGCGCGCAGCUGCUCACGGCCCCGGCCGACUUCGAGAAGCUGAUCGAGCGCUUCACGGCGUCGGUCGUCUUCUGCGUCGCCUACGGCCACCGCAUCGACAGCCUGCACGCCGACGUCAUCCGCCAGCGCUUCGAAUUCAUGCAGUACAGCGCCUCGCUCAACGUGCCCGGCCGCUACCUCGUCGAGACGUUCCCCGCCCUCAAGUACGUGCCCGACUGGCUCGCGCCGUGGAAGGCCGACAUCAAGGCCCACGGCGCCCGCGAGGCCGCCGCCAACAUGGCCCUCGUCGACGUCGUGCGCCAGGACAUGCGCCGCGCCUCCCCAGCCCACCCCGUGCCCAACUCGCUCUGCAAGAUGCUCCUCGAGCUCCGCGCCAAGGACCCAGACGCGUCGUCGUCAUCCUCCUCCUCCCUCCUCAGCGACCGCGACUUCUCCUUCCUCCCGGCCUCCCUCUUCGGCGCCGGCUCCGACACCACCGCCUCCACCCUCUGCACCGCCCUCCUCGCCCUCGUCACCCACCCGCACGUCCUCGCCGCCGCCCACGCCGAGCUCGACGCCGUCGUCGGCCCCGACCGCCUCCCCACCUUCGCCGACGAGCCGGGCCUCCCCUACAUGCGCGCCCUCGUCAAGGAAGUCCUCCGCUGGCGGCCCGUCGCCGUGCUCGGCGGCACGCCGCACGCCACCACCGCCGCCGACGACGUCGUCGUCGACCACGACAUCUAUCCGCCUUACCCCUCCUCCUCCUCCUCCUCCAGCAGCGACGGCGACGGCGACAGCGACGGCGACAAGCCCAGCGGACGCCGAACGACCCAAACCUACCACAUCCCCGCCCACACCACCGUCCUCGCCAACUCCUGGGCCAUCAACCUCCACCCCGACUACUACCCGCACCCCCACCUCUUCGAGCCCCUCCGCUUCCACCCGGACCCCGCCCGCCGCCCCGCCUCCCUCACCCCGCUCCUCCCGCACCCCAGCAACUCCAGCCCCACCUCCCCCGGCCACUCCAGCUUCGGCUGGGGCCGCCGCAUCUGCCCGGGCGCGGGGCUCGCCGCCAACGGCGUCUUCGUCGCGCUGGCGCGGCUGCUGUGGGCGUUUGACGUCGCGGGGGUGGAAGGGGCGGUGUACGAUCCGAUGGCGUAUACGGACGGGUUCAACAUCCGGCCGAGGAGGUUCGCGUGCGUGCUGAGGCCGAGGAGUGGGGGGAGGGCGGAGGUGGUGACGAGGGAGGCGGAGGGGGGGGCGAUGGCGGUGUUGGGGGGGUUUGGGGCGUUUGGGGAGGGGGGUGGGAUGGGGACUGGGAUGGGUGGGGCGGAGGGGGAGAAGGGGGAGGGGGGGAAGGCGUGA